AUGACGGCGCUUUCUAAUCCCAUUGAUGACCGGGAUCAGCAGGAUACCCACCCGCCCAGCAAUGGUCAGAUUGUGACGGACGACAAAAUAGCUCCGGCGGAGUUGAACCCCAGCUUGGCGGACACCGACACUUCGAAUAACCAUCGUCAAUCUUCAGCGGAAAAGCAUCCGGAUGAGUCUAACGGUGAUGGAACGUUGGAGAAAGUGGCAACUGGCGCUUCGCUGGGCCGAGUGCCUUCCCAGGCGCAGAAGCUGGGGAAGAAGAAGAUUGUUGUUGUCAUGGCGGCGCUUUGUUUGGUCCUGUUCCUAGCAGCUUUAGAUAUGACAAUCAUUUCCACGGCCCUGCCAACAAUGGCCUCUCAUUUCAAUGCAUCAGAGAGUGGAUAUUCAUGGAUGGCUUCGUCGUAUAUGCUUGCUAAUGCCGCUGCAGUGCCCCUCUGGGGUAAAAUUAGUGAUAUCUGGGGCAGAAAACGGAUUCUGUUGCUGGCCAAUUUUGCUUUCCUCGUAGGUAGUUUGAUCUGCGCGUUGGCUAUUAAUCUGCCGAUGAUUCUAGUGGGCAGAGCUAUUCAAGGUGUUGGAGGCGGUGGUAUCAUCGUGCUGGUGAAUAUCUGUGUCUCUGAUUUAUUCAGUGUCCGAGAACGGCCGAUGUAUUACGGUCUUUUUGGAUCUACGUGGGCAAUCGCAGGUGCCCUAGGUCCCAUCGUUGGAGGCGCCUUCACCACCAACGUUACUUGGCGUUGGUGCUUCUAUCUGAAUUUACCCAUUGGAGGCGUUUCAUUUGUUAUCCUUGUUCUGUUCCUUAAGAUUGAGGCUGAAAAAACUCCGCUUCUAGCUGGUCUAAAAGCCAUUGAUUGGACAGGUAUCGUCUUGAUCAUGGGAGGAACACUCAUGUUCUUGUUUGGCCUGGAUGGCGUGGGCUAUCGCAUGGUGGUUGAAUGGAAGGUCGCAAAAUACCCCGUUAUACCGAUCCGUCUCUUCACGAAUUGGCACAACGUCCUGGUCCUUCUUGUCUGCUUCUGCCACAGUUUCGUGUUUAUCGCUGGCUCCUACUACCUCCCGCUCUAUUUCCAGACUGUGCUCCUCGCCAACCCUAUUAUGAGCGGUGUCUACGUGCUUCCGAACGUUCUCGGCCUUUCCUUCACUUCCGCAUGCACUGGCUUCAUCAUUAAAAAGACCGGCCGGUACCGCGAGCUUAUCGUAGGUGGAUUAUUCUUCAUGACUCUCGGCUACGGACUCCUCAUUGACUUGAAAUACUACGCCUCGUGGCCUCGUAUUAUCAUCUACCAACUAAUCGCCGGCUUUGGCUCCGGCCCCGUUUUCCAAGCGCCUCUCGUUGCCCUCCAGGCUAAUAUCCACCGUGGCGACGUCGCCGCCGGAACCUCUACGUUCGGCUUUCUUCGCCAAACCUCCGCCGCCAUGUCCAUCGUCCUCGGUACCGUCGUGUAUCAAAAUGUCCUCCACCAGCAAAUGCCCAAGAUCUCCGCCGCGAUCGGGCCCGAGAAAGCCACCGCGCUCGCCUCCUCCUUCUCCGGCUCCCAGGGCGACCUCAUCAAAGCGCUCCCAGAAGCCCAGAAGAACGUCGUCCUGAAAGCAUACACCUUCACCCUGAGCCGGAUGUGGAUCUUCUACACGGCCAUCAUCGGCUUCGGGCUACUCGUCAGUCUACUCAUCCGACCCGUCGUGCUCAGCAAGGCACACACCUUCACCAAGACGGGACUGGCGGAGCAAGAACGCGCAAGACAAGAGAUCCUCGCCGCGCAAAGAGGCGAGACUCAGCCCGAAUCCAAGGAGACCGUUUAA